GUUUUUUGACUUUCCGACCCCAGGUUGAGCGGGGCGCGGUCGGUUUCAGCCCCGGCGGUUGCGCGGUGUUAAAUAUGAGCGAGGCUGCGCUCGAGAACUGAGGUCGUCUUCUGUGUUUGGUACUUAUCCGGGCUGCGAUUUUUCUCGGCCAGAUUAUCCCACCUAGAGAUCCCUCCUUUAGCAAGAAACGCGACAGUUUUCCGAAUCAUGGCAUCUGUCGUAACCCAGGCACCCGAUCCCAGACUCAUGGGAUACUGGCUCGACAAUGGCCAAUGGAACUCUCAAAUGUGCUCUGAAAGCGGCGAACAAUACUUCACCUCCGGCUCGUACGCUGGUUGUUCAGAUCUCUUCACGGAUUGCGUCACCGCUCUAGCCUCCUCAGUCGAUGAUCGCGUGAAGAUAUGCACAUACACGGGCUUCUCAUGCAUCACCCAAGAAAUCCACUCCACGGCGCCCGCGCCAACCGGCACGGACCCCAAUGCAAUGCUCAACAUCUUCUGCGGCAAGAACUUCGACGCUACGGACCUCUUCCGCCAGCUUCCUAACGCUACGACGACGAAUGCGAGCUCCACUGUCGUGGCGUCAUCUACGUCUGCGCCGUCUUCAACUGCCACGGAGACUGCGACGCUUACGGAGACGGAGAGUGUGGCGUCAACGGCGAGCGAGGGAUCGACUGGGUCUGCGAGUCCUUCGUCGACUGGGGGUGGCGACCAGAAUGGGGCGAGGUCGAGGAUGGAUCUGGGUGGGGGAUCGAGCGUGAAGAUGGCGGGGGUUGCGCUGCUUCUGUUUAUGGGGUUCUUGCUCUAGUGAUUCAGGAUGGGAGUGAAGGAUGUAGG